ACACACACACACACACACACACGCAGCAGCAGCAGCAACAUGCACCUCGCCACGCUCUUUACCCUCCCCCUCCUCGCCGCCGCUGUCCCAACCGCACCACACCUCGUGCAGGGACAGCAGGGCCAGGUCGUCUUCUCGGGUGCAGGCGCAGGUGCCGCCGGGUCCGCCAGCUCGGGCAUCAAGAUUGACCUCGACCUCGACGACCUCCGUCUUGUGCAGUUUGGCGAGCGGGAACCCCCCGUCUGGAUCACCGAGCUCGAGAAGAUCGAGGCAAAGGCAAAGGGAAGGCGGUUUAUGGACAUUACCGAGACGCCGACGCUCGGCCUCACUUCCUUCCUCACGCCUGCAUCGGCAAAGUACACCUACCCGAAGCCCGGCAAGUAUGCCAAGGAAGUCAAGGAAAUCUACAAGUCGCUCAGCGUCGAGCACAUGAAGACGUUCUUGAAGAAGUUUAGCGGCUUCAAGACACGCUACUACCGUUCCGACACUGGACGCGAGUCGCAGCUCUUCCUUCUUGGCACACUUCGCGAGAUCGCACGCAACUACCCCGAGGUGACCAUCAAGGAGUUUGAGCACCCGUGGGCUCAGAACUCGAUCAUUGUGCGCUUCCCCCACUCCGGCCCCAAGGAUGCUCCUGUGGUCGUUGUCGGCGCUCACCAGGACUCGACCAACAUGUGGCCGUUCCUCCCGGCGCCCGGUGCCGACGACGACGGCUCGGGCACCACCUCGUCGCUUGAGGCCUUCCGUGCUCUUAUCGGCGCCAACUUCACCGCCCCCUUCCCCGUCGAGUUCCACUGGUACUCGGCCGAGGAGGGCGGUCUCCUCGGCUCGCAGGCCAUCGCCAAGUCGUACGAGGAGAAGGGCAUCAAGGUCCGCGCUAUGCUGCAGAUGGACAUGACCGCCUGGGUCAAGGAGGGCACGACGGAGAGCGUCGGUGUCAUCCAGGACUUUGUCGACCCCGCCCUCACCGAGUUCAACUGGGGCCUCGUCGAGGCCUACCUCGACAUCCCUCCCGUCAAGACCCAGUGUGGCUACGCCUGCUCGGAUCACGCUUCGUUCUCCAAGGCCGGCUACCAGUCGUCGUUCGCUAUUGAGAGCCGCUUCGAGGACUCGAACAAGAACAUUCACUCGACUUCGGACACUAUUGACCACCCCGAGUUCUCCUUCACCCACAUGCGGGAAUUCUCCAAGCUCGCCAUUGCCUUUGCCUACGAGCUCAGCAUUGCCAAGUCGGACAAGUAAACACUCACCACUCCGUCCGCCUUGCCCAUCCCUUCCCGGUCGAGAGCACACAGACCGGCACAUACAUUGCCCUCGCGUGGGCCGCCAUUCCGCUUGCAUCGCACCGUCGCAACCAUGUUAGUUUGAUAUGUAUUCAGAAGUAUCCAAUGCAGUUGAUAAGCCAUGAGCAAGA